AAUACUAGGGCUGGCCACUCUCUCCAAGUAUGAUUGGCUGAAUAGUAGGGCUGGCCAUUUCCAGGGACCUCACAAUAUGAUAUUUUCACGAUACUUUGGUGCUGAUACAAUAUGUAUUGCGAUUUGAUACUGUGAUUUUGUGAUUGGAUGUUCCAAACAUAUUGCUCACUAUGUCUGCUGCAGAGAGACAGAGAGAGACAUGAGAAAAUGAGUUCUGAUCAGUCAUGGAAAUAAAGUGCUGAAAACAAAUUGUGUCCCUAUUUCAAAAGAAGACAGUGAACAAGUUAUGAAGGAGUUUUGGUCCAGGCAGGUACGGCCACCUAGAGCAAAAUAAUAUUACCAUAUGGUCAAAACAAUACGAUGUAUUACCCUAAAUAAUAUCCCAAUAUGGAAGUGUAGAAAUGUUUCCCACCAUCACUACUGAAUACCUGACCUUCUCUGAUUGGUUGUCUGUGCAGGCGGGAGGUCCGUGGGCUGCAGCCAUGCUGUCCCUGGACGAGCCAUUGGACCUAAUGCUCCCCCGGGGGUGUGUCAACGGGCGGGACAGGGGUGCACGGCCACCCCCCACCCUCACGCUCUCUCCAAUACCCUUCAAGCGCUCCCGGCAGCUCCGCAUGGCUGAUGAUGGCACAGCCGUCAUAGUGCCCGCCUCCCCGGCCUCGCCACACACAGGUGUGCUGGUGGUCUCCCGGGAGAGGCCAGAGACACCCCCCACCCCGCCAGCCGUGGACCUCAGUACGUCCCCCUCCUCCCGCCACACCUCCAGCUCCCCAGAGAUGACCAACGGAAAUGGGGUCUCCCACCACAUCAUUGCAGGGGACUCAGCUCACAUCCAUUAUGUGGAGAGCAGAGCCUCCUCGCAGGCCUUCCAGUUCUUCGUGCCGAUUGGUGCUGGGGCCGGACUCCACCUGCCGUCAUCCAUGUUCAUUGGCCAGCCCAACGACAAGCGGGCCUCUCCCGAUCUCUCAGCAGACGAACAGCUGGCCUGUCGCUGGAGGAAGUGCCAUCUUCUCUUUGAGUCCCUGCAAGACCUUGUGGACCACGUCAACGACUUCCACGUCAAACCUGAAAAGGAUUCUGGGUACUGCUGCCACUGGGACGGCUGUGCUCGCAGAGGGCGGGGCUUCAACGCUAGGUACAAGAUGCUUAUCCAUAUCCGUACACACACCAAUGAGAAGCCUCACCGCUGCCCCACCUGCAACAAGAGCUUCUCUCGCCUGGAGAACCUCAAGAUACACAACCGCUCACACACAGGUGAGAAGCCCUACAUCUGUCCAUACGAGGGCUGCAGCAAGCGCUACUCCAACUCCAGCGACCGCUUCAAGCACACGCGUACCCACUACGUGGACAAGCCCUACUACUGCAAGAUGGCUGGCUGCCUGAAGCGCUACACAGACCCUAGCUCCCUCCGUAAGCACAUCAAGGCCCACGGCCACUCUGUAGCCCAGGAGCAAGGCUGUCCGGGUGGGCUGAGCUCCCUGCUCAAGGUGGGUCCCCUGGGGGUGGGGAUGGGUGGAAGAGGGGGUAAGCUGGGGGAGUCGGAGCUGAGCUACAUCAGUGGGGCCCAUAUCAUCAUCCCCAGCGCCGCUGCCGCUCUCCUGGGGGGCCACGCUCUGCAGGGCCUGGCGGGCUCCAUGCCUCUAUCCCCCCUCGCCCCCCGGCCCCUGGACCUGAGCACGCUGGGGGGGUGCCCCAGCUCCCCUUGCACCACCUCCAUCCUGUCCUUCAAUGGUUCUCCUCUGAGCCUGGCCACCAAGUCGUCCCUGGGGCUCUCCCCGGCCUUCCCCUCCUCAGCCCUGGGGCUGGGGCCCACCAUGGUGCCCGUGUCCCUAGGAGGAUCCAUGGGGUCGUCCGCCUCAGAGCGCAGGGCCCACCACCACGGGUGUCACCACAAGGGGAAAAUUGGGGGGGAGGGGGGGAAGAACAAGCUUUGUGGGGGGGUGCUGAACCUCUCCACGGGGGCCUCUCACGACCCCCUGUCCUGGGUGGUCAUCCCCUCCGGCACGGUUGUGCUUAAGCCAGCUGUGGUCAACUAACACACACACACACACACACACACAUUCCAGAAGAACUGAAGGGGGGUUGAGAAAAUGUAGAAAAAGGUAGAAAAAAAUUGACGUGAAAAGAGAGAAAGUCUACUUUCAGGCAACUUAAACUUAACAACAAAGUCCACACCUCAGUUUGUAAAAUUGUCUUGGACAAAAAAACUGAGGUAUCUGGCACUGCUAUCUUGUCAUUUAUCUAGCACAUCUUGGGACCAUCAACAACUCAUAAAUACAUUCCAAUCAUGUGUAAUUCUGUAUUAUUUCAUAAGGCUUGAAAAAAAUGCAACAGCGGCUCUCCUCACCUCUUCCCCACAUUCUCUGUCUCUGGCGUUUCCUUUGUUUCUGGACGGGCUCCAUGGAAAGGACAGUCUUCUAAUGCUCUGUGUCCUUCCUCAAGCUCCACCUCAUGUGUAUGUAUUGAUGACAGUCUUCUAAUGCUCUGUGUCCUUUCUCAAGCUCCACCUCAUGUGUAUGUAUUGAUGAUGUUCAUGUUGACAGUGUGCUCUGUGGCCGAGCAGUGAGGUAGACACACAACUGAAACAGUAGGAGGCGCUCACUGCUAGGCUAGCAACACACAGUACGUCCCCAGACCGCUGAAACAGUAGGAGGCGCUCACUGCUCGGCUAGCAACACACAGUACGUCCCCAGACCGCUGAAACAGUAGGAGGCGCUCACUGCUCGGCUAGCAACACACAGUACGUCCCCAGACCGCUGAAACAGUAGGAGGCGCUCACUGCUCGGCUAGCAACACACAGUACGUCCCCAGACCGCUGAAACAGUAGGAGGCGCUCACUGCUCGGCUAGCAACACACAGUACGUCCCCAGACCGCUGAAACAGUAGGAGGCGCUCACUGCUCGGCUAGCAACACACAGUACGUCCCCAGACCGCUGAAACAGUAGGAGGCGCUCACUGCUCGGCUAGCAACACACAGUACGUCCCCAGACCGCUGAAACAGUAGGAGGCGCUCACUGCUCGGCUAGCAACACACAGUACGUCCCCAGACCGCUGAAACAGUAGGAGGCGCUCACUGCUCGGCUAGCAACACACAGUACGUCCCCAGACCGCUGCUUUAAAGGUUACAGAAACUACUUCCUACAAAGUGCUGUGAACACAAUUGGACAAACUUCCUGUUUUAUCGGAAGUGAAGUCAAACUGAUUUAGAAGGGGAUUACGGAUGAAUUGACUGCAUCUCCUUACUUUAAAUAGUAGGCUGGUGCUAUUGGAUGUCAAUCAGAAUGACAUCCCACCAAGGAGCACACAACCCACUUCUAGUCAGAACAUCAACCCAGGCGAUAGUGAUAUACACCUCACAACUGCUGCUAACCUCUCAAAAACUCUCCUCAAACAUGACUGAAACUAAACGUGAGCACUUUGAUGACUAUUUUUGACAAUCUUUUCCCGAUUCGGGGAGGGUGACCAUCGUGGACCAGCCCUUUCCACAAUGACAUGUGACGGGCUUGUUGUUGCAAACUAGGGGCUUGUGUAAGGACACAGAGCAACUCAAGUCUUAGAAGGCAGACAAACGGUGUUAUAUCACCCAGCAAAUGACCAAUAUUCUUCUUCUUCUUCUUCAUCACGGUAACGUCUAUGGCACAGGUGUUGUUAUGUACCCCCCUGGUGGACAGGUGAAUUACUCCGGUCAGUCAGCCUCCCAGUCCAAUCUAUUAUUGUCCACAACAACUCUACUUCUAAAUGACACAGUGAGUUAAGUACUGGGUAUGAAAGGUCCACUGCUGAAGUAACACACUGUGUUGUGGAACAGUGUUUGAAGUGACCUUUCAUUAAAAGCAGCUGUGUAAAACAGGUGGCUGUCCAGUGAAGAGUCCUGAGUCCUUGUGGAGUUGGCUGUUGGUUGCUUUGUCCCGAGUUCAACAGUCCCACAUUGUGCCAAAAAAGAUCCAUCCUUGAGGGUAGACUGGGAGCUGUGUAUCCUGAACCACGGGGUGUGUGACACAGGCUGAUUGACACUAUAGGGCUGACUCAAACCGUACCGUGCUGGCUGGGAUCUUCUUUUCACAGUGUUCUGUUUAGCAUGGUUCAGCAUCAUGGCGUAACCAGGCCAGGCUGCUACAGUUAGGCAUGGUUUGGUCCUACGGUGUGAAUCAGGCUUUACUGCUACGUACAGCUGGGCUGGUCACAGGACACAGCCACACUACAAACUGCCUCACUUCACUUUUCCAAGGAAGUGGGGUUCAUUCACAGACUUUAGAACAAUUGACUGAUGUUAGAAUCCGUAUGGUUGGAUUGAUGCAUUCAACAUGCACUUAUACCGUACACACCAGUGUCUUUGUUACGUUUUACAAAACAUGGACCUGCCAACUUGUACUUGUGGCUCUCUGGAAACAUUCUGUCUUUCUCUUUCCAUCUUCACUACCUUGGUUUUCCCUUCAUUUACGCUCAGGCUUGAAACGGCCACCUUUCUCUGUGGACUCUGGGGUCCUUCCAUAAGCUGGCGUCGCAGAGAUAUGAUGGUUGUAGAAUGUUGAGUGAACCAUGUUAUGUGGGUAUAGGAGGGGAGGUGAGAGGAGAAGAGGACAGGUGAGAGGAGCAUCUCAACACAAGAAACAUUCCCCUGAAGAGCCAAAUACCCCUCCCCCUCUACUCACUCUCUCUCCAUCUUUCUUUAAAGGUCUUACAUUUCCAUUUUCCAUACGGUAUGUCCAUACUUUAUUUUCCAUACGGUAUGUCCAUACUUUAUUUUCCAUACGGUAUGUCCAUACUUUAUUUUCCAUACGGUAUGUCCAUACUUUAUUUUCCAUACGGUAUGUCCAUUCUUUAUUUUCCAUACGGUAUGUCCAUACUUUAUUUUCCAUACGGUAUGUCCAUACUUUAUUGUCCAUACGGUAUGUCCAUUCUUUAUUUUCCAUACAGUAUGUCCAUACGGUAUGUCCAUUCUUUAUUUUCCAUACGGUAUGUCCAUACUUUAUUGUCCAUACGGUAUGUCCAUACUUUAUUUUCCAUACAGUAUGUCCAUACUUUAUUUUCCAUACGGUAUGUCCAUACGGUAUGUCCAUACUUUAUUUUCCAAACGGUAUGUCCAUUCUUUAUUUUCCAUACGGUAUGUCCAUACGGUAUGUCCAUUCUUUAUUUUCCAUACGGUAUGUCCAUACUUUAUUUUCCAUACGGUAUGUCCAUACUUUAUUUUCCAUACGGUAUGUCCAUACUAUAUUUUCCAUACGGUAUGUCCAUACUUUAUUGUCCAUACUUUAUUUUCCAUACUUUAUUUUCCAUACGGUAUGUCCAUACUUUAUUUUCCAUACAGUAUGUCCAUACUUUAUUUUCCAUACAGUAUGUCCAUGAUGGUAUGUCCAUAUCUUAUUUUCCAUACAGUAUGUCCAUACUUUAUUUUCCAUACAGUAUGUCCAUACUUUAUUUUCCAUACGGUAUGUCCAUACGGUAUGUCCAUACUUUAUUUUCCAUACAGUAUGUCCAUGACGGUAUGUCCAUACUUUAUUUUCCACACGGUAUGUCCAUACUUUAUUUUCCAUACAGUAUGUCCAUACUUUAUUUUCCAUACGGUAUGUCCAUACUAUAUUUUCCAUACAGUAUGUCCAUACGGUAUGUCCAUACUUUAUUUUCCAUACGGUAUGUCCAUACUUUAUUUUCCAUACGGUAUGUCCAUCGUUUUGAGAAUAAUUACAGUUAUGGUAGUUUUUGUUAGUCAUUUGUUUGUUCUGUUGUCAUUGAUGUUCAGACGAGACAUUUUGUGAUGUUGAAGUUUUGUUUUAUAUUUCUUGUGAUGGCUGCUCUGUAAGUCAGCUUUCUCCCUGGGCUGGCCUGGGAUAUGGAGGAGCUGUAGGGAUGAUGGUCCUUCCUGUCCUGAACAGGGUUGUGUUCAUUAGGACAUGCAACAGAAAACAUAAAAACAUGUUUUGCAAUGGAAAAGUAGUGUUUCUGAACAUAGAUUGUCCCUUAGUUUUUCAUUCCGUUUGGUGCCUAAUGAACACGACCCAGGUGAGUGGGGUCAGGGGAUGGCCAAUUUAUAAUAAUAAUCCUUACUGACAAUCACACCGUUAUAGAAGAGGCCCUGUACAGAUCCUCACUAUUUAGAGAGAGUACACACUCUCUGAGUCCAUCUAUUGACAGGGUUUACCUCCAGACCCACACACUCUCUGAGUCCAUCUAUUGGCAGGGUUUACCUCCAGACCCACACACUCUCUGAGUCCAUCUAUUGACAGGGUUUACCUCCAGACUCACA